UCUCUCUCUCUCUCUCUCUCUCUCUCGCGGGUUUUUUGGGGUUCCCUCCAAUUCCCCAUCAAGGUGAGAUUUUGAGCCCAGAAUCGGGCUUCAGCGGCGAAGUCCUCUACUGGGGCUUGGUGAUUUCGCCGCAAUUGGCCUUUUGAUCCGAUUUUGGGACGUGGUUGUUCGUGAUUUGGAGGGACCUCUCUUUGCAUCGAACCAAUCUAUUUCUUGGAGCAGUCGACUCUGAUUUGAUAUACGCAUACCGUUUCUUGCAUUAGUAUGAGCUGAUUUUUGGCACUUCAUGGAAAGAAAUCUGGACGAACCACCCGCGAAACGAAUCAAACCAUCUUCUCCAGAAUUGGGGAAAUUCUCCGAUAAUUCAUCUCCUCCGCAUCAUUCCAAUCCUUCGGACAAGCCGAUGUCCGAACCUUCAUCUUCCCGGGGUCAAAUACAUGGAGAUAUGGUUGGUUCAAAAGGACUCAUCAAUAGGGUCGAAUUCGUGCGAGUUAUAACAAAAACCCUAUACACUCUUGGCUAUAAGAAUGCCGGAGCAAGUUUAGAGCAAGAAUCGGGAAUUCAAUUGCACUCCGAUUCGGUAAACCUUUUCAGAGAGCAAGUGCUCAGCAGAAAUUGGGACGGGAGCUUGGCCGCAUUGCAUAUAUUAGGCAUUUCGGACGGCGAUAUCGUGAGAUCUGCUUCGUUUCUGAUACUGGAGCAGAAAUUCUUGCAACUUUUGAGAAACGGCAAAGCCACGGACGCGUUGGAGGUUUUAAGGAGGGAAAUCACUCCUCUGGGGAUCAACACGAAGCGAAUCCACGAGCUCUGCAGUUAUAUGAUUGGUUUUGGUAAAAUCGGAGGCGAGUCUCCGAGCUCGCCAAUGAAGGUUCUGGAAGAGUUGCAGAAGCUGCUUCCUCCGUAUUUAAUGGUGGCCGAGAAAAGGUUGGAGCAUUUGAUUGAGGAGGCGCUAACCAUGCAAAAAAAUGCGUGCCCUUUCCACAACCCUUUGGAUAGUUCUCUUUCGUUAUAUGCCGACCAUCGGUGCAGAAAAGAUCAGAUCCCUUCUCAAACUACGCAGGUAUUGGAAGGUCACACUGACGAAGUUUGGUUCGUGCGAUUCUCAAAUAGUGGCAGAUAUUUAGCAUCGUCGUCCAGCGAUAAGUCUGCCAUUAUUUGGGAGGUUAAUGAAGAUGGGAAGCUGUGGCUGAAGCACACACUGUGCGGCCACUUAAAGCCGGUCGUGACGGCCUCGUGGAACCCCGACGACACGCAGCUCCUCACGUGCGGCUGGGAAGAAGACAUUAGGCGUUGGGACGUCGAAUCCGGAGAAUGCAUCGGAAGUUACCAACGCGAAACCAUUGGCUUUAUUUCCUACGGAUUCGGCUUCAUUUCCUGCGGAUUCAUCUCUGACGGGAAAAUGUUCUUUUCAUGCUUAAACGGCAUGGACUUCUGCAUUAGCGGAUUUAAUUGGGAAAGGUUAAAGCGCCUUAAAGGGCAGCGGAACACAAAUUUCUCCGACAUGGCCGUGACGAAGGACAACAAUAUCAUAAUAUUCACGGAUAAGAACUCGGCUCUUCAGCUGUUGGAUGUGGCCUUACAGAAGAAAAGAUUUGUUGAGGAGGAGCACACGAUCACGUCGUUCUCGUUAUCGAAGGACGAGGACUUUUUGCUCGUGGAUUUAGUGAAUCAGGAGAUCCAUUUGUGGAGCAUAAAGGAUGAGCCCAAGCUUGUUAUGAGAUUCAACGGCCACAAGCGGACCCAGCUCCUGAUACGAUCGUGCUUCGGCGGGCUCGAGCAGGGCUUCGUCGCCAGCGGAAGUGAAGAUUCACGGGUCUAUAUAUGGCAUCGGGGCACGGGAACUCUCCUCGAAGCCCUCGACGGCCACUCGGGCGCGGUCAACUGCGUCAGCUGGAACCCUGCGAAUCCUCACAUGCUCGCCUCCGCGAGCGACGACUGGACAAUCCGCGUAUGGGGAACAAAAACAUGUUAAUAGAAGCCCUAAAUCCGGCGAUACUCAAUCCAAACGUUGUUCGGAAACAGGAAAUGACCGCAUUCUAACAGAUUCAAAAGCAAUCGAAUUACUGAUCACUAAAUUCUUUCAGAUUACUUGUACAUACUUGUUUUACUUUUCUCCUUUGUAAUAGAUCAUAGCAAACUAAGCUGUGCAAAGUGUCUGAAUGUGCCGAAUCGGCACAAUGUAGAUUCAAAAGCAAUUGAAUUACCGAUCACUAAAUUCUUGCAGAUUGCUUGUACAUUCUUGUUUCACUUUUCUCCUUUGUUGUUGAUCAUAGAAAACUAAGCUGUGCAAAGUGUCUGAAUGCGCCGAAUCGGCACAAUGUAGUUGUCCUUUAACUGUGACUUAAAAGGAGUUCUCCAUUUAAUUCUUGAUGGAA